AUGGAGACCGCUGCGCGCUAUGUUGGCAUGUAUACCAUUCAUACCAACUGGAACUGCCAUGAUAUGAAGGUGCCCCACGAGAGUUCCAGAUUUGACCAGCAUGGGAGGACCCGGUCACACGUGCCUGGGUCUCUGGCAACGGAGUAUGUGCUGUUCUUUGGCUACUCGGUGUUGUCUUUGUACUCCUUGAGACGUUGCCUUGAGUAA